CACUGACGUGUUGCUGCUGGUAGGCCCAGGCGAUUUUUACAUUCAAUUUGAAGAGAAUGGGGUAAUAUGAGGAUUGGCCCGGGCGGUAACUCGUGUGCAGUCCGGUUCCAAAAACUCCAGCUCCUCCCAAGUCCAGAGCAACAUCGAGUCCGUUGGUGCACGAUAUUGACGCUACUCUUACCAAAAUCACAAUGAAGACAGUGUUGAAUCUCAUCUCUGUCUUCCUGUCAAUCAAUGCGGCUCUGGCAGCCCCAUUCGCAGCGAAGAGAGCAGUGACAGUGACGGACCUUCUUGCCAGGACCAGUGCACCUACAACAACCGGUCUGGGUAUCGAAGAGAUCAUUGGACCUACUCUGUUUCGUCGGCAAUCUAACACCCGUAGCAGGUGCCUGGCCAAUUGUCAGGCGGCGUACGAUCAGACCAACAUGAUCUGCGCGGCUCGGGGUAAUGACACGAGCUGCACAGACUUCCGUGAUGAUUAUAAUCGAAUCUGUCUAGCAAAUUGUUAUCAGAACGCUAGAGACCGCCCCUCUACUCGGACUACCCCGAGCGUAAUUACCAAGACGGCGUCUGCUCAGAGAGUUUUAAGUACUACCGAACCUGUUGAAGUGACUUCAACCACUACAACAGAGGUGGUCACUGCAAUUACCACGGUUGAGACGACUACCCUGCAAACAACCACUGAAGAACCCCAGGCCACAGGAACGCCUCUUCCCACUGUAGCUGAGUGCCUCCGUACUUGCGAUAUUGCGUAUGCGCAAACCACCGAGAUUUGUCAGAGUCAGACCGAUGAGGACACCUGCUUUGAGUUCAGAGACACGUAUGACCUGCAAUGCCGGGCAUCUUGUCGCGGUAUUGCCUUUAUUCCUACCAUGACCUUCCAAUCUGCUACAUCCACCGUCGUUGUGGAAGAAACAGCUACAGUUGAGACCACUAUCGCUGCCGGGCCAGGUCUUGGACCAAUCCCCAUUUAAGGUUAACAGAGAAAGCGGGUUCAGAAUAUUAGUUAUGUACAAUGCACAAUAUCUAUGAGAGUGAUCUUUAUGGUAAAACCAACAUCCAAAAAUAAAAAUUGUUGAGUGAAUACAUCGGAAAAUAUUCGCAUGAACCGU